ACCAUGCAAAUAAAACAUCAAUAAAGCCCUCCCCACCCUAAGUCUCACAAUACAGGGAUAUUGAUCCUGGGUGAUUAUCAAGUUUAAUUAAAACCACAUCUGUCUCCAACACAUAGGAUACUAACCUAACACACUGCCACAUAAGCAUGAUAGAGUACAGCUACUCACUUCCUUAAGUAGCUCAGGACUUGACUAAUUAUAAUGAAUGGACAUGGACUCAUGAAGUGUGUUCCUUGUUUAAGGAUAUAUUUAAUGUCAUGACAUCUUAUAGUGAGUUGAUAGCUAUGUGAAAAACUGUAACAUACAGGAACUCCAAUUUAAAUCUGAAGAAGAGAUCAGGAUGUCUACACAAGUUUAUUGUGACUUUUCAAUAGUACAACUUUACAUCAACAGACUUUGAAAAGUCAAUUCAGAUUUUCCAUUGAACUUAGCAGUCUUUUGCUGAACUAGUUUUGAUGAAUUUGACUAAGAAUGAACUGAAAAAAAAAAACUCCUUUAAAAAGUGCAAAAAGAAAAAGUGAGAUAAAUUUCACCAUAUUUCUUGAAUGUGAUGGAACCCUCUUUGACCUCUGAACUAUUGCAGUGUGCUAUCUGUCUGGGAGAGCUAGAGAAUGCCCAUGCUCUGCCCUGUCUCCACUCUUUCUGUGCUCUGUGCUUACAGAACCAUAUUUCAACCUCCCAGAAAAAAGUCUCCAAGUCUUUGAGGCUGAAGAGGUUUCCCUGUCCCACCUGCCGAGUUUGGAUUAAUUCCCCUGGAAGCGGGCUCUGUGAUUUUCCUCGAGAUUUCAGGGUGGUCAAAUUGAAGGAUGCCUUAAAGGAGUGGAAGGAUAAAGGGAACAGAAGAGAUGACUAUACUUGUGGCAUGUGUGAUGAAGACUUCAAAGAUCCUGUGGACAACUUUUGUGCAGACUGUCAAAAAUAUCUGUGUACUCUUUGUUUAGCAGAACACAAGACAACUUCAGUUUUAUCUAAUCAUGUUGUAUUUUCAGUAUCAACCAUGCUCACAGAAAAAGAAAAAUCUUUAUGUUCUAUUCAUUCAAAAGAGCCAAUCAGCUAUCACUGUGAAACUUGCAACAUGGGAAUUUGUGUCAAGUGCAUUAUGGGAGAGCACAAAGAUCAUGAUGUUAUGGACAAUGACUACAGUUGUAAUGUUAAACGCAUUGAGCUGAGAAAUUGUAUGUCUCAACUUAGAAGUCAAUUAUCCCUCCUGAACGAGGUAAUGUUUGAUUUGGCCAAUACAGAGGGUCAUGUCAAAAGUCAACAUGAACAGACCAAACUCCAAAUUAGGAAGCACUCCCACAAGGUAAUUAAUUAUGUCUACCAUGAACAAAGCAGACUGUUGAAUGAGACAGACAAAGAUUAUCAAGUAAAAUAUGACUUCCUCAGCCAAAGAAGAGAAACAUGUAGAAUGUACAUCAACCAAUUUACCAAACUACAGUCAAGACUGGAGUCUCUUUUAAGAGUUCAAGACAUCAAUACAAUAUCUGAACACUUCAAGUCUAUUGUGAAAGACGUCCAGGACAUUAAAAUUAUGGAGAAAUAUAGCAAACAGUUAGUGGAAAUCCCAAAAUGUGCACAGUUUGUGUCUAAUGGUGUAGUACAGAUUGGUAAAAUCCUACCUGGGGAAAGAACCACCAAGUUGGACUGUAGUGACCUUCAUAAAAAAUACAGCCAUCUUAAUCAACAUAGGUCCACGGAACAUGAGAUUCAUGAAAGGAGAAUGAAAAAUGAUGUGAAAAAUCUUGUUAGCAAUGGAACAGUCAAUCCACUGAAAUGUAAAACUGGAGCAAAGCAAUGUCUUCCUACAGCCAAACUGCUCUGUCAGAUUGGAGGUAAUGGCUCAAAGGACUCCCUACAUGGUCUUCCAUAUGGAAUUUCCUUUUCAUCAGAUGGAAAGCUUACAGUUGGUGAAAAUGGUCAUGAGAGAAUUCAAGUUUUCUCCUGGGAUGGCCAAUCCCUGAAGGUCAUUCCCCUCCCCGGAUGCUGCCCAAGGUCAUUAUGUUCACUAAAUGAUCAGGUGAUUGUCUUCACUGAUGAAAAUGAAAAAUGCCUCAAAAAAGUCAACCUUGAAACCUCUGUGGUGUCUUUCAUUACUGCAAGGUACACUGAAAAUACAGUUUCCUUCCCUUUUGGUGUUGCUGCCUUGUCUGAUGAGAGAUUCGUAAUCUCUGAUAUGAUAUAUGAGACGGUAAGCAUUACGUCCUCUGCAGGAAUAAAAGAGAAACAGCUGGGGGAAGAUGAUCAUAGUGAUGGUUAUGAUAACCCGUCCUACCUAGCCACAGAUAGCGAAGACAACAUCUUCAUUGCCGAUUCCGGUCACCACAAAAUCAAAGUGUAUGACAAACAUGGAAGAUUUCUCUUCCAUUUUGGUGAUGACGGAAUCAAAGCAGGACAACUGAGGUACCCUAAAGGGAUUGCUGUGGACAAAAAUGGCCUGAUUUUUGUAGCAGAUGCUGGCAAUGACAGAGUGGUUGUCUUCUCAAGGCUGGGCUUCUUCCUGACAGUCCUGGCGGAUAGGAAUUCUGGGAUUGAACGACCUACCGGACUUGCCUACAGUCCAAGUGGACUACUUGCAGUUUCCAUGCCAGACAGACAUGAAGUAUUUGUUUAUCAGCUUGAAGAUUCAACUUCUAAUCAAUGUUGAUCAGCAUUACAACUUUUACUAAUUUCAUUUUAUUAUUUUGGUGUUGGCACUUUUUAUAACCAUUUCCUUUCAAGCUCAAAAUAUGACA